GAAACACCACUGCACCAAACUCAUUCAAGAAAAAUGAAUAGAAAAGAAAACGACAUAAACCGCUAUUCUCGGGUGGCAGGUCUGUUGUAGUGCUCUGCGGACUAAGUAAAAGCAUUGAAUGCAGUUGUGACAACGAUUCUCAGAACUAGUGGCGAUCCAAGAACUUCACCUCAUCUCACAACAGCAACGAGUCAUCUGUAGAUGUGCUUAUAAACAAAGCCACAUAUCAGUGACUUAUGAAGAGCAUGUACAGAGCUUUUAAUUAAUGAUGAACGGACAUUUUGCAUCUUUACGACAAGCAAGAAUUGUAUAUGAUUUGCUUCGAAACACGUUAAGCAAACGACCAGAGAAGAAAUCUACACUUCUGGAAAAUGUUCUGGGACAUAUCUUUUUCCGGAUUUGGGAGAACUAGCUACAGAUCUUGAACGAUUUCCUAGAAAGAUUCUUAAUCAGUCCUGAUGUUUGCUAUGGAAGGCAUGCCUGUUAUGGACUGCCUGAAGGACUUCAAUCACUGAAGUUGAAGAGGGAGAGAGAAGUGGAUUUAUCCCAUUUUUUCAUCGGGAGGUACAGGUACCUAGUGGACCACAUAGACCAAAGUGAUCAACAUGUCUAUUUGGGUGAUCAUACCCAUCAGCCUUCCUGUCCUCACCAUCACUGGGAUAUGGGUUGUAUAUGCCAUGGCCCUCUACAACCAGCAUGUCUGCCCCGUGGAUAACUGGCUGUAUAAUCAGUCGUGUGAGGAGAAGCUGUCUCUACAGAGGGGUCCUGAGCUGUGCUGUACCCUGGACAAUGUCCCACUCAUCAGUAAGUGUGGCACCCUUCCCCCUGAGAGUUGCUUCUUCAGCCUCAUCUGCAGUACCGGAUCCUUCAUGGUGAUUUUGAUAGGGCUGCUGCGGUAUGCCCACGUCAUAGAGAAGCACCAGAACUGUGUCCUUAACACUGCCGGCCUUUCCACUGGCUGGAUCUGUGCUGCAGGACUCAUUAUGGUGGGCAACUUCCAGGUGGAUUAUGCCAAAGUGCUUCACUACGUGGGUGCAGGGGUGGCUUUUCCCACCAGUAUCCUGUUUGUGUGUCUGCAGUCAGCCCUGACCUACCGGCUGGCGAAGACCCAGAGAGAAUAUAACGUGGGCCACCUUCGACUGGGGAUGAGCUUGCUAGCCUUCAUCGCCCUGGUCUUCAGCGGUGUCUUCUUUGUCCAGGAGAGCUUUGCCCUGCAACACGCCUCCGCCAUCUUUGAGUGGCUCUUCUGCAUCAUCAUCAUGCUCUUCUUUGGGACCUUUGCCUUUGAGUUUGGGGACAUGUCCGGGGAUACCCUUAUGGUGCUGGCCAGAGGGGGUGUCCAGGGCUUUUCCAGCAGUGACCACAAGGCCGAGGAGGCAGGAGGGGCCAACCACCACUACCAACCAGAUGGCAUAGCAAUGCUGUAGGCCUAUCAAAGGCAGGCUUCUGUGCCCACUGACCAAUCACAAACAGGGUUGGAGUGGGAAGAGUGGAUCACUGACCAAUCAUAGACCACCAAAGGGCAUGAGGACGACACACCCUCCAAAUGGACCUGCUCUGUAUUGCACAUAGCUAAAGCACCCAAAGCUUUUCUAACCAUUGACCAAAGACUAAUAUCAUGUUAUUGCCAUAUUUGCACUGCGUUGCAGUAGACAGUACAGGGUGGAUUGCAAACAUAUGUUACAAGUGCCUUUUGGAAGGAACACAGGCAGUUGCACACACACACACACACACCUUCCCUGUCUUUUCCUUUCAUCAUUAGGUAAUCACUCUUGAUUACGAGAACUUGUUCGCUUGCCGUGUAUCAGAUCCAAUGUCUUGAUUGAGUGCCUGAAAAAUCUUUAAUGACUAAGCAGAAUAUGACUGGGUCAGUACCUGUGUUAUUAUGUUUGGCCAUUCAGACACUGAACUCUGCAUCGCAUUGUUUCUACUCAGGAAAAUCUGUUACAUCACCAGCUGUUCAGUGCCUUUUAACAGGAAAUUAAAGGGAAGUUAAAGUCAAACAAAAGAGGUUGUUUUCUGUGCUCAGAGAUAUUUGUUUUAUAUCAGACGUUUCAUUGUUGUAUUGUAUGAAAUAUAAGCAAAUAGGGUAAAGGGGAGGUUCUGUUCGGGUGUAGUGACCCUUGUUGUUUAAUUUUGUGAGGGACUCUGCGAAAGGAGUCUGAAAACCUUUAUUUGGUGUUGUGUGUUACGCAUUGAAACCAGUAGAGGGCGCCCUGAUCAAUGGUUUUGUUGCAGUGUCAUCCGAUGCAGAGAAAGUGUUACAGUGAGAAAGAAAGCAAACCAGAGAAGUGAAUCACUUUGAACGUGUAUCCUUGUACCAAAUUGAUGACAAGAAGAAGAAAUGUUAAUACAAACAUGUUAUUUUAUGUAUGCUGUUCAAUUCUUCAGGUAUUAAUGCAAAUAUAGACACAGUUUUUACUUGAUCUAAAUCUGUCUAUUUAUCGUCUAGAACCUGUUUUUUUUUAUUAUUAUUUUUUUUAUCUCUGAGCUGUCUUCCAUCUAGUCAUUGGUUCAUGCCAAUCGGAUCAAUUGCUGUUCAAGCAGGCAGAGAUACAAAAUGUAUCACACCGGCUAUGACAAUUAGCGUUUUGAAAGUUCCAUAUCUUGAAAACUUGAUUUCUGACAUGCAAGGCAUUUUGGGACUGUGUCAACAGUGGACUAAUGAAACAAAUACCAAGAGAUAGUUUGAGUGGAUUAUUACUUUAAGGUGAGCAUUAUCAAUGCACCAGCAAAGAAUAAAACCCUUUUCUGAGAAUGAA